AUGGACAUUCGCGGUAAACUCAAAGAUGAACUUAAACAAAAAGAUCCAAAAAAUCGAGUAUUUUAUCAACAUCAAUCAUUUGCUGAAACAGCUGUAAAUGCACUUGAACAAAGAACAUUACUUGAUAUUGAUUCAGAACCAUGGAAUACUCGUCAUACAAGUAUCAUCUGUACUUUAGGACCUGCAUCACAAAGUGUAGAAAUGCUUACAAAAAUGAUUGAUGCUGGAAUGAAUAUCGCUCGACUUAAUUUUUCACAUGGAUCCUAUGAAUAUCAUCAACAAAGUAUUGAUAAUGUUCGUGCUGCUGAAAAACUUACAGGAGAAGGAUAUCAAUUUCGACCAAUUGCCAUUGCAUUAGAUACAAAAGGUCCUGAAAUUCGAACCGGUGUUUUAGCUGAUGGAGUUAACAGUGAACUUGAUUUACAAAAUGGAAUGAGCGUUCGUUUAACAACUGAUGCACAAUAUGCAGAUAAAUGUUCAAAAGAUAAUUUAUUUGUUGAUUAUAAAAAUAUAGUUCAAGUUAUUAAAUCAGGAAAUCGAGUUUUUAUCGACGAUGGUCUUAUAUCAUUACUUGUUAAAGAAGUUGGAGAUACUUUUCUUCAAUGUGAAGUUGAAAAUGGUGGUUUAUUAGGUAGUCGUAAAGGUGUUAAUUUACCAGGUGUACCAAUUGAUUUACCAGCUGUAUCAGCAAAAGAUGAAAAAGAUCUUCUAUUUGCUGUAAAAAAUGAUCUUGAUAUGGUUUUUGCUAGUUUUAUUCGAGAUGCUGACGGUAUUCGUGUAAUUCGAAAAAUUCUUGGUGAACAAGGAAAAGAUAUGAAAAUUAUUGCAAAAAUUGAAAAUCAUCAAGGAAUUCAAAAUUUUGAUUCAAUUCUUGAAGAAGCUGAUGGUAUUAUGGUUGCUCGAGGUGAUAUGGGUAUUGAAAUACCACCACAAAAAGUUUUUGUUGCACAAAAAAUGAUGAUUGCAAAAUGUAAUCAAGUUGGUAAACCAGUUAUUUGCGCUACACAAAUGUUGGAAAGUAUGACAAAAAAUCCUCGUCCAACUCGUGCUGAAGUCAGCGAUGUUGCUAAUGCAGUUUUGGAUAAUGCUGAUUGUAUUAUGUUAUCAGGUGAAACAGCUAAAGGCAAAUAUCCUAUACAAUGUAUUCAAUUAAUGCACGAGAUUGCUCGAGAAGCUGAAGCUUGUUUAUUUCAUCGUGAACUUUUCGAAAAUCUUCGUUAUUUUACUAAACCACCAUUGGAUCAAAUGCAAUCAACAGCUAUUGCUGCUGUUGAAGCAGCUUUUCGAAGUUAUUCUUCACUUAUUAUUGUAUUGACACAUUCUGGAAAAUCGGCUCAUCUUAUUGCUCAAUAUCGCCCACGAGCCGUUAUUAUGACUGUAACACGAUCUAUGAAAACAGCACGACAAAUUCAUUUAUACCGCGGUUGUUGUCCUGUUCAUGUUGCCACUCAACGAAAAGCUAAUGCACCAACUGCUGCUGGUGAACAUGACGCUAAUACUCCUGAUCGUGAAAGUCAAGAUCUUUUAUUUAAACAACAUCAUAUAUCAACAACUCAAGCUUUAGCUAUGAGUGAUUGGUUACUUGAUGUUGAUGCUCGUGUUAUCGAUGCAAUUAGCCUUGCUAAACAACGUGGUUUUGUUUCAUCUGGUGAUGCUGUUGUUGUUGUUACAGGAUGGCGUCCGGGUUAUGGUACAACAAAUACCUUACGUGUCAUUUAUGCUGAUUAA